UCGUCCCGGCGUUUAAAGCGUCCCUUCUUUUUACACCCACGCGGAAGACUUUAUCCCCUUUACUCUUCCUUGCGCUGCUUCUUGCCAGGGACGAGAUGCCGAGGAGGGCGCUUGCUGUAGCGCUCGUCUCCUUGCCGCCGGGGAAGGCGAGAAGGAGGGUGGCGCGUCCCACCACGGAGGCCUCUUUUCCACAGCGCCUGCCCUCCCCGCCACCACCACCCGUUCCCAGCCCUGGAAGUUAAGAGGGCACAAAGGCGGCGCUCCCGACAGAUUAGGCGGGGCCCCGUCCGUCGGUGGAAGGCGCUGCCUGAGCUCAGCGCUCCGCUCCGCUCCGCUCCGGAGACAAAACUUCCUGUCUGUGGAGCGCGCGGGUCGAGAGUGGCCCGAGCCGCCUCAUUUCUCAGCCCGGGACGCAGAGCAGAGCUGCUGCUGCUGCGUGGUGGUAGUGAUCAUGGGCAAGCUGUUGGCGCUCGCCUUGGUUGGGAUACUUGGCGCUCUGGUGGGAGAGAGGAUCAUCGCACUUCGAAAUAGAUUUUGUGCCUCACGGGAAGUAAAACCAAAGCGGCUUCCCAACUGCCACCUUAUUAAAGGAAUUGAGUAUGGCUCGGAAGAUAUUGACAUUCUUCCUAAUGGCCUGGCUUUCAUUAGCUCAGGUGUAAAAGGUCUACACAGUUUUGCACCAGACAAACCGGGGGAAAUACUACUGAUGGAUCUAAAUGAAAAAAACCCUCGACCAGCAGAACUGAGAAUCAGCCGUGGGUUCGAUUUGGCAUCCUUUAACCCCCACGGGAUCAGCACGUUCAUUGGUGAUGACGAUGCUGUAUACCUCUUUGUGGUAAACCAUCCCCAUUCCAAGACAACGGUGGAGCUAUUUAAGUUUGUGGAGGAGGAGAAUUAUCUUGUGCACCUGAAAACCAUCAGACAUGAGCUGCUGGCAAGAGGGAAUGGUAUUGUGGCACUGGGUCCUGACAGUUUUUAUGCCACCAAUGACUUUUACUUCUCAGAGAGGAUCUUGAUGUACUUGGAAUUGUUCCUAGGCUUAACUUGGACAAACGUUGUUUACUACAGCCCAAAAGAAGUCAAAGAAGUGGCCAAAGGAUUUUAUUCUGCCAAUGGAAUCAACAUGUCACCUGAUGGGAAGUAUGUUUAUGUUGCUGAUUUGCUGGGUCAUAAUAUUCAUGUCUUCGAAAAGCAUGCCAAUUUCAGUUUAAGUCCUUUGAAGGUGCUACAGUUAGACACUUUAGUCGAUAACAUAUCUAUUGAUCCUUACACUGGAGACCUUUGGCUAGGAUGUCCCAUCGAUAUUUUAAAACUGUUCCUCUAUGAUCCAGAAAAACCACCUGGCUCCCAGGUCUUUCGCAUCCAGGACAUUCUUUCUGAGAAGCCUUCAGUCACCCAAGUGUAUGUUGAUGAUGGAUCGAUAAUUCAAGGAAGUUCAGUGGCUGCACUAUAUGGCAAGAAGCUGCUUAUUGGCACUGUGUUUCACAGAGCACUAUCCUGUGACUUGUAACUUGUUCUUCAUGGGUUUUGCCACAACAGAAAAGGUUGAUGUCAUCAUCUGAGCUUCCUACCACAUGCAGUUCUGAAAUGGUGAACUUGACUGUGUUGCAAUCAAGGUUAACCACCAGAGUGUUAUGAUUCUCUAAAAGAGAUCAGCAACACUGGAAGAGAUGUUGGAUUUAUACAGUAAAAUUUGACAGAGAACUUCAAAUUAUGUCUGCUUUCAUGGAGAACAAGAUAAUACUUCUGCAUUCUUUUGAAUGACAAAUUAUAAUCAGUUGCCUUAAGGAUUCGCGAGAAAGUGACUCAUUGAUGCUAAAAAUGUCCACACUUUUUUGUGGGGGGAUUCACUUUUAAAAACUCGAUGAAUUUUGUUUAAAGUUCUCAAACACCUGAGAUGUGGUGCAUUCAAAAUGUCUGAUUUAUUUUUUCAUUUCCUGCUCUCUUCUUUUUUAAAAAAAGAAA